AUGGCGGCAUUUCCAUAUGUAUCUCCAGAUAAUAUAGCUGUGAGAGUAAACACUAUCAAUGAUCAUUUCACAUUCAGUUUGUUUUGCAAUGUGUGUCGGAGUCUGUUUGAAAAAAAUAAGUUACAUUUUGCCUUCCUGCUUUGUACUCGCAUACAAAUGGCAGAUGAUUUGAUAGACAUGGAUGAGUGGCGUCACUUUCUAGCAGGAGCUUCUCCAGCAGAG